AUGAAAAUCGGGGAGCUGCUUGCCCCUGGGGACCGGCCCCCGGUUAAGUCAUGGGGCUCUCUGCACGACUUGGCAGGGUGGGGCGGGCGGACCCCGUCCCCCGAGCCCGUCCCGAGGAGGCGCCGCUCCCUCCUCCGGCUCAACGUGGGCGGCGAGCGCUUCGAGCUGGGGCGGCGGCUAGCGGCCCGCUACCCGUCCACCCGCCUGGCGCGCCUGGCCGCGGGCCACCCGGGGCUCUGCGACGACUACGCCGUGCGGCGGGACGAGUACUUCUUCGACCGUGACCCCUUGGUCUUCCGCUCCGUCUUCCGCUUCUACAGCAGCGGUGUGCUGUGGGUGGUGGAGGAGCUGUGCCCGGCGGGCUUGGUGGAGGAGCUGGCGUACUGGGGCGUUGAGCUGCCCCACGUGCCCCGCUGCUGCCACAUCCUCUUGGAGGAGAAGCAGGACGAGCUGGAGGAGCACCUGAAGGUCCAGCGGGAGCUGGAGGCCGAGCUGGAAGCCCCCGAGCGGGAGGCGCGCUUCGACGGGCAGUGCCUGGGCGGCUGCCGCCGAGCCAUCUGGAACCUGAUGGAGAACCCGUACUCGUCGGCGCCGGCCAAGGUGAUGGCCGUGCUGUCGAGCGUCUUCGUGCUGCUGUCCAUCGUGGGCAUGACGCUGAGCACGGUGGAGGAGCUGCAGCACCGGGCGGGGAAGGCGGGCACGGAGCUGCUGGAGACGGUGUGUGCCGUCUUCUUCUCCUGGGAAUACUCGCUGCGCCUGGUGUCCUGCGCCUCGGUGCCCCAGUUUCUGCGCGCCGCCUUCAACGCCGUGGACCUGGUGGCCAUCCUGCCCUUCUACGCCCAGCUGCUGUUGGAGCGGCUGGCGGAGGGCGACGUCCUCUACCACGAGGAGCUGCACCGGGUGGAGAGCGUGGGCAAGCUGGGCAAAGUGCUCAAGUUGGUCAAGCUCCUGCGCAUCUUCCGCAUCCUCAAGCUGGCCCGGCACUCGACGGGGCUGCGGGCUUUCGGCUUCACCCUGCGUCAGUGCUCGCAGCAGGUGUGCUGCCUGCUGCUCUUCAUUGCCAUGGGGGUCUUCGCCUUCUCCGCCCUCGUACACUCCGUGGAGCACGACGUCCCCGGCACCAACUUCACCAGCAUCCCCGAUGCCUGGUGGUGGGCGGCGGUGAGCCUCUCAACGGUGGGCUACGGGGACACGGUCCCAGCCACGGCCCUGGGCCGGGUGGUGGCCUUCUUUUGCAUCUCCUUUGGCAUCAUCCUCAACGGAAUGCCCAUCUCCAUCCUCUACAACAAGUUCUCCGACUACUACAGCAAGCUCAAAGCCCACGAGGACCAGAGCUGCAACACCCAGGGAACAAGCCGGGAGCUGCACCUGCGCCGCCGUCUCCGCCGGCGGCUGUUAGCCUGCUGGGGGCUGAGAGGGGCGGAGACGGCCACCGCUUAGCCUCCCCGCGGCCCUGCCUGCCUCACCCUCCCUGGGCCCAGGAGAAGCGCGAGUGCGGGGAGCUGGGGCGGAUCCUGGAGUGAGCAGGGGACAGGGACUGCUGGAUUCCCUCUAAAGUCACGGUGGGAGCAGCAAGCAUCCCCUGGCGCUCGCUUCUUGCUGGCUUGUCAAGCCCCUCCGCUCUCCCCCGCGGGAACAAGUUGGGAGGUGGGCAUAGGAUGAAUCAUUCACAUAAAAUGACCAGCUUGGCCUCUCUCAGGAUCCAACGUGACAGAAGGGGAAGGAGGUCAGUCAGCAAAUCUUUACUGAGCCCUCAGCGGGCAGAGCCCUGUACAGAUACAUGCAGAUGAUCCGCGUCAUUAUAUGUACACAUAUAUACAGUAAUUAAAA